AUGCCAGACUUGCGGCUUCGCUCGCGGCAGGAAUAUCUUAAGAAACGCGAAGCGGAGCGACUGGCUCUGCUGCGCAAGCAAGUCGCGGAAGAAACUGCCGAGCUUCGCGAGAAUCCAAACUUGACACGUCGGGAAAAAGAGGAGUUUAAGAAAAAUAGAGAAGUGCUACGGCUGGCGGAGGAGCGAUUGCGGAUUGACGAUUAUCGGGAUGGCUAUGCGUUGCCUGAAGAUUACAUUACAGAAAAGGGCAAGAUUGAUCGGAAGCGGAAAGAAGAAGCGCUUUAUAAACGUUAUGUUGAUCGGGAUGAGCAUGGACAUGAGCGGUUCGUUACUGAACAUGAGGAGUGGGAGAAUGAGCAGACAGCUAAGGCUAGAGCACAAAUUCACAAGGCAGAGUUCGCUGAUGAAGGGGAUUACGAGUAUGUGUUUGACGAUGCGCAGAAGAUAAAUUUCAUCAUGGAUUCGAAGUUAGAAGGGGACCGGAAGCCGUUAACCAAGGAGCAGCUGCUCUUCCAGCAGAAGCUGGAUGCGGCAGAACAGAAAGCAACGUCCAUUGAGGAGACAAGGAAAAGCUUACCUAUCUACCGGUUUAGAGAGGAAAUUUUACAAGCGGUGGCUGAUCACCAGAUUAUUAUCAUCGUUGGAGAAACUGGUAGUGGGAAAACUACUCAAAUCCCUCAAUAUUUACACGAAGCGGGGUAUACCAAUGGGGGGAUGAAGAUUGGCUGCACGCAGCCUAGACGAGUUGCAGCGAUGAGUGUUGCUGCUCGUGUAGCUGAGGAGAUGGGCGUUAAGGUUGGGAAUGAAGUUGGAUAUGCUAUCCGGUUCGAGGAUGCUACCAGUGACAAGACAGUGCUCAAGUAUAUGACUGAUGGUAUGCUGCUACGUGAACUGCUUACGGAGCCUGACCUUGGUGCCUAUUCUGCACUGAUGAUCGACGAAGCCCACGAGAGAACUGUAUCCACCGAUAUCGCAUGCGGUCUGUUGAAGGAUAUUGCAAAGGCAAGGCCUGAUCUGAAAUUGCUUAUUUCAUCAGCAACGAUUGAUGCGCAAAAAUUCCAGAAAUACUUUGAUGAUGCGCCCAUCUUCAAUAUCCCUGGGCGAAGAUAUCCCGUGGACAUACACUAUACAUCACAACCGGAGGCAAAUUAUCUUGCCGCUGCGAUCACUACCGUAUUCCACAUCCACAUAAGCCAGGGGGCUGGCGAUAUUUUGGUCUUUCUUACGGGUCAAGAGGAAAUUGAGGCUGCAGAACAAAGUAUACAAGAGACAGCUCGGAAGCUAGGUUCCAAGAUACCAGAGCUGAUAAUAUGUCCCAUCUACGCGAACUUGCCUUCGGAACUUCAAGCCAAGAUCUUUGAACCCACCCCUCCCGGAGCGCGAAAGGUGGUUCUUGCUACCAACAUUGCAGAAACCAGUUUGACCAUUGACGGAAUUGUGUAUGUGAUUGACCCAGGCUUCGUGAAAGAAAACGUAUUCAACCCGCGCACUGGAAUGGAGAGCCUUGUUGUUACGCCUUGCUCGCGUGCAUCUGCUGGCCAGAGAGCAGGGAGAGCAGGCCGUGUCGGUCCAGGCAAAUGUUUUCGGCUAUAUACAAAAUGGGCUUUCUACAAUGAGCUAGAGGAAAACACCACUCCAGAAAUCCAACGGACAAACCUCAACGGAGUCGUCUUGAUGUUAAAAUCACUCGGGAUCGACCAGCUUCUCGAUUUCGAUUUCAUGGACCCACCACCUGCAGAAACGCUUAUCCGUGCUCUCGAGCAGUUAUACGCGCUCGGAGCGUUAAAUGACCAUGGCGAUUUGACCAAGGUUGGGAGGCAGAUGGCCGAGUUCCCCACCGAUCCAAUGCUUGCCAAGGCUAUUCUAGCAGCCGAUAAGUAUGGAUGUGUCGAGGAGGUGCUUUCGAUAAUCGCCAUGCUAGGCGAAGCCAGCUCUCUAUUCUUCCGACCCAAAGACAAAAAGAUCCAUGCCGACAGUGCUCGCGCGCGUUUCACCAUUAAAGACGGCGGUGAUCACUUCUCACUCCUAAACGUGUGGAACCAAUGGGUCGACUCCGACUUCAGCUACGUCUGGGCGCGCGAGAACUUCCUACAACAACGAAGCUUAACGCGUGCCCGUGACGUGCGCGAUCAGCUCGCCAAGCUCUGUGAUCGGGUUGAGGUAACUAUUACCUCUGCGGGGGCCAAUGAUCUAGUCCCCAUCCAAAAGGCUAUCACGGCCGGGUUCUUCCCGAACGCGGCGCGUCUACAACGUGGCGGUGAUUCAUACCGGACGGUCAAGAAUGGACAGACUGUGUACCUACACCCGUCCAGCACGCUGUUCGAGGUGAACCCGAAGUGGGUAAUAUAUUACGAGCUGGUCCUGACGAGCAAGGAGUAUAUGCGUAGUAAUAUGCCACUGCAACCCGAGUGGCUAGUGGAGGUGGCCCCGCAUUAUCAUAAGAAGAAGGAUUUGGAGACGUUGGGGAUUGAUAAAAAAGUACCGAAGGGGCAGGGGGCGGCGGGGGAGAAGAGUAAGGUGUGA